UAUCAGCAUGAGGGUUCACGGAUUUUUGUCCCUGCUGGGUGUUUUCAUGGUGUUUUCAAGAGCGGACGCUCUCUUUGGUCACGGUGUGCUUCGUUGCCUCUUCACAUCCACCGAAGACGUCCUUUAUCUGGAGCAGGUCUACUAUAACAGGUUGCUCUUUGGGCAGUGGAACAGCACUUUGGGAAAGUACACCGGCUACAACGAGAAAGCAAAGGAGAUUGCAGACGCGCUCAACAAGGACAAAAAAUUCUUGCACCAAGAACAGAGGAAUUUCAACAAAUGCAAAUCCCUCAUCCCACUGGUGUUUGACAAGCUCUCAAAACCAGUUGAACCUACUGUGAAGUUGACCUUAGUGAAGGCAACAGGAGGCCGACAUCCCAACAUGCUCGUCUGCAGCGCUUACGAUUUUUAUCCCAAACUCAUCCAACUGUCGUGGCUCAGGAACGGAAAAGAGACGAAAACUGAUGUGUUGUCCACCGACGAGCUGUCCAAUGGAAACUGGUUCUACCAGAUCCACUCCUACCUGGAGUUUACCCCAUCACCUGGAGAGAAAAUCAGCUGCAAGGUGGAGCACGCCAGCCUCAUGGAGCCCAAACUUUACGACUGGGAACUAUUUGAUGAAUCCGAGAGGAACAAGUUUGCUGUUGGAGGUGCAGUGCUGCUGCUGGGUUUGCUGGUUUUUGUUGCUGGGCUGAUUUUCUACAAGAGGAACUCAACAGGAUGA